UAAUUUUUUUUAAACUCAGCGUAAUUCCCAGAUGCCCCCAGUUUGACUCUGGCUGCAGGGUUCUGUUGUAAAAUUUGAUGCGUGGUUCUGGUUGAUGGAAGAAUCAUACAGUUAGUGGUGUAUUCCUUUCCUUUCCAAGCAUGAGUCACGCAGCAGAGACAAACGAAUAGCAUGAGCAAGUUCUAAAUACUCACAGUCAGAGAGAGAGAGAAAGAGAGACAGAGAGCAGGGUUCAGGUAUUCCUUCUUCAAAGGAGGAGGGUCUGAGGCAACGGGGGACGGGCUAAGCGAUCCUCGUUCACACAGUAUUCACUCUCCUAACUAGACGGAACUCUCAGGAGUAGCUCCUUGUUCCGUGUAGACGGAGCCGCGUUGUAUCUAAGACCUCACAACGUUUUAGACGUCUCGGAGCUAAAUAAGGAUGUGUUCUACAGUCUGACACGGCUUUUUAUUUAUUUGUUUAUCUCAGUUUUUUGUCGUAAAUGGCCACAUUAGUGGAGGGUUGCAUCGGCGAACGUUUGGCACCACUGUGACAUGACAUGGAUCGUGCUCAUCAUAGUCAAGGACUUUCUCUGUGAGAAUAGAUGAAAAAUUCAGAACGAUGUCAGACAAGGGUUACGGCUUGACUCUCUCCGCCGCGCCCCCUCUGCGUCGAGGCAGCACCCCUCUGCCAAUUAAGCACCAGCUAAAGCGAGAGGAGGCCGUCUCUGAGGACUACGAUUGGACGCCGGGGCAUGAGGAGCUUGCUCGGCCGCUUGUGAGCGUCAGCGCCCAAGAGGAGCCCCCGGGCCAAGCCCCUCAGGAUCGCUACCAUGGGCCCCUGCGCAUCGUCCUCCUGGGUCAGAAUGGCGUGGGCAAGUCUUCGCUGGCGCUGCUGCUGGCCGGGCAGUCGGACCGCUCCCUGUCCCUGGACUCCGAGAGCUCCAGUGAAGAGGGCUAUCAGCGGCGGGUGACGUUGGAUGACGAGGACAGCACUAUCCUAAUUUACGACAACUGGAAGCAGGACCUGUCGACGCUGCAGUGCGAGGUGUGCAUCCUGGUGUUCUCGCUGACGGACCGCCGCAGCUUCCACCGCACCUCGCAGAUCCGCCUGCUCCUGAGGGAGACACAGCCGCACACUCCCAUCAUCCUCGUGGGCAACAAGAGCGACCUGGUCCGCUCGCGAGAGAUCAGCACAGAGGAGGCCCAGACCACUGCUGCCAUGUUGGACUCUCUCUACCUGGAGCUCUCCGCCUCGCUGGACCACCGGACCUCCGACUUGCUAGAUGGCGCCGUUCGGCUGGCGCGGGGCCACAGCCUGGGGCCCGACUGGCCAGACGGUCCGUCUGGGGGUGCCGGAGGCCGCCGGGAGAGCCUGACGAGCCGAGCUAAGCGCUUCCUCUCUGGUCUGGUCCCUCGCGCGCAUGGUGGCCGCGAGCGAGAUCGGGACAGAGAGCGGGAGAGAGACCUGAGCAGGCACCGCGGGAGCCGCAUGAUGAGGCAGAAGUCCCGCUCCUGUCAUGACCUGAGCUCAAUGUGAGGUGCCACGCACACAGAGAGAGAUAAAGACAGAGAAGGGGGAGGGAAGAAGAGAUAGAUGGAGAGGGAGAGGGGGGGGAUA